AUGGAAUUGAAUAAAAUAACUAGUACUCUAGUUGGUUUACUAGUUUCACUAUAUUUAUACUUUGGAGGUAGAUUCAGUAUUGCAUUUUCUAUUGUCAUUGUUUAUUCUGUUGUUUAUGAUAGGGAUCAUGGUAAUUAUCUUGGGGGCAAAAGGGAAACAGUAGUUACUACAGCCGUUGAUUCUUUACAAAGUGAAUCUAAACCAAAAAAGAAGUGUUGUGGCGGUAAGAAUGGAGGAUGUUGUUCUACUAAAUCUGGUGCUGGUUCUGGUGGGAUGAAAUCCUCUUGUUGUGGAGGUGCCUGUAAGUCAAAGAAGUUAGAGGAUAUUGCUGAUGAAAUUGAAAAAGCUUUAGCAGAACAAGAAGAAUUUGAGAAGAAGGAACAAUCUACAUCUUUCCCUGUUGCAGUCGAUUUCACGCAAUCUUUUAAACCAAAAUCUAAAGGUAAGAAGAAAAAAGGUCCUGCUAAAGAGUUAAAAAGGUUCACAAAAUCCAAAGAUGAUGAAAAGAAUGAUGAUUUGAUCAAAAGUGCAAUGACCAUAUCUAAUGAAAAAUUACUAAAUUCCCAAAUUUAUGUGUUUUAUAGCUCUCUACAAGGUGCGGCUGAAAGAAAUGCCAAGAUAGUACACAAAACAUUGUCCGGAAUGAGUGAAUUGUCAAAAGAACCAAAAUUAUUAUGUAUUGAUGAAUUAGAUGACUUGGAUGAUUAUUUUGUUGAAGUACCGGAUGAGAAUUCAUUGUAUGUCUUCAUCUUACCUUCGUACGACACUGACUGUCCUUUGGAUUACUUUUUGCAAACUCUAGAAGAAAACUUUAAUGAUUUCAGAAUUGACAAAUACCCUUUAAGAAAGUUGGUUGGGUAUACCGUAUUAGGUCUUGGUGAUUCAGAAUCCUGGCCUGAAAAGUUCUGUUACCAAGCUAAAAAGACAGAUCAUUGGAUUGCUCGUUUAGGUGGUAGAAGAGUUUUUCCAGUAGGUGAAGUUUGUAUGAAACUUGAUGGUGAUUCCAAAGUCGAAGCAUGGGCUAAUUUACUUGCUGAUACUUUAAAGGAUGAUGAACCUAUUUUAUAUGAAUAUGAUGAAACUGUCGACGACGACGAAGAGGAAGCUGGACUAGAAGAUAUAGACGCAACUGAAGAUUUGGUGGAUUUAGAAGACAUCGGUAAAAUCGAUGGCAAUUCAACAGAGAUCAAAAAAAUGGUUGCUAAGAAUAGUCCAACCUAUAAACAGUUGACUAAACAAGGUUACACUAUUGUUGGUUCUCACUCUGGUGUAAAGAUCUGUAGAUGGACGAAAAGUGAUUUAAGAGGUACAGGUUCGUGUUAUAAACAAUCCUUAUUUAAUAUUGUGUCAAGUAGAUGUAUGGAGAUGACUCCAUCUUUGGCAUGUUCUUCCAAAUGUGUAUUCUGCUGGAGACACGGUACAAAUCCAGUUUCUAAAAAUUGGCGUUGGGAAACCGAUGAUCCAGAAUAUAUUUUAGAAAAUGCAUUACAGGGACACUAUUCUAAAAUUAAGCAAAUGAGAGGUGUUCCAGGUGUUAUUGCCGAGAGAUUUGCCAAAGCUUUCAAAGUUCGCCAUUGUGCUUUGUCAUUAGUUGGUGAACCAAUAAUGUAUCCAUAUAUCAAUAAAUAUGUUGAACUAUUACACGAAAAGGAAAUAUCAAGUUUCUUGGUUUGUAAUGCUCAACAUCCUGAUGCACUAAGAAACAUGGGCAAAGUUACACAAUUGUAUGUAUCUAUUGAUGCAUCAACAAAAUCUGAAUUGAAAAAGGUCGAUAGGCCACUAUACAAAGAUUUUUGGGAAAGAAUGGUUGAAUGUUUGGACAUUUUGAAAACAUCUCAAUCUCACCAAAGAACUGUGUUUAGAUUAACCUUGGUAAAAGGUUUUAACAUGGGUGAUAUUAGUUCAUAUGCCGAUUUGGUCCAAAGAGGGUUACCUUGUUUUAUUGAAGUUAAGGGUGCCACAUUUGCUGGUUCUUCUGCAGGAAAUGGUAAUCCUUUAACUAUGCAAAACAUACCAUUUUAUGAAGAAUGUAUUUCAUUCGUAAAAGCAUUUACUGAAGAAUUAAAUAGAAGAGGGUUAGGUUAUGGUAUUGCCGCAGAACAUGCCCAUUCUAAUUGUAUUUUAAUAGCAUCAAAUAAAUUCAAAAUCGAAGAUGAAUGGUACACCCAUAUCGAUUUUGACAAAUUCUUUGAAUUAUUAAAUUCAGGAGAACAAUUUACACACUUGGACUAUAUGGCUAAGACUCCAGAAUGGGCACUAUUUGGUAAUGGUGGGUUUGCUCCAGGGAAUACAAGAGUAUAUAGAAAGGGUAAAAAUAAGAACAAACAUAAAGAAAUCGAGGCAGAAAUUGUAAAAACAACUGAACCAAUAGCCGUUGCAAACUAA